UUUCAGUGUAUCAUUUGGACGAACUUGUUUGAUAAUUUUGGAAUAUUGGAAGUAAAACGUCGUCUUUAUAAUGUGUUGGAAUAACGAUGUUGUAUUGGAAUUUGUGGAACUCUAUCGAAGACAACAACUUUUAUGGGAUCCCAAACAUCCAUCUUAUAGGAAUAGAAGUGAAAUUGCUGCCGCUUGGUUAUCAAUACAAAGAUCACUUAGUAUCCAAUGUUCAAUAUCGGAACUUAAGAGGAAAAAAGAAUCUUUAAUGACCUCUUUCAGAAUGCAUUUUUCUAAGAAGAAACGACAAGACUCUUAUAGAACUACGUGGUUUGCUUACCCUUUGAUGGAAAGUUUUCUUGGCGGUAAAUACGAAUGUGAUAGUACUGUAAACCAGAUAGAAAACGAGUUCUCUACUGUUACCUCAAAUAAUAUAGAGCGUAGCAGAAAACGGAACACAAUCGACAGAAACAACAGUAGUGCAAACAUACAACUUCAAGUGGAUGGUAGCGUAAAAAACGAACCGGAUAUUUCGUAUACCAAGAAACAAAGAGCUGAAAUAACAUACUGUAACGUCAAUGAUAUGAAAGCUGAUACAGACGAGUGUGACUUGUACGCUCAACUUCUAGCAAAGAAACUUCGAAAGCUAAAUGAGCAUCAGCGUGACGUCGCUAUGCAUGAAAUAGACAACAUUAUGUUUCGCGCCAAAAUGCAAAAUGGCGGCCCAUCUCAAAGAAAAAGUUUCUCAUCGUCUCCUUCGCCGGUGACUCGGAAAGUCCAAUCACCCAUAUUCAUAGUAACUCCACAAAAUCAUUUGCAAUAUGAAGACGAAAAUAUUUCAUAUCAAGAAGAAGUGUCGCAGGUGCAGAAUCCACCUUAAUUUUUCUAGGUGAUUGUUUUAUUAUAUUAAAUGUGAUACAUAGGACUAGCAUCUUGUAGACCGAUGCGUGUCAUUUAUUUUUUAACAUUUCAGCGAGCUAUUCUCU